UGAUAGGGUAGUUCGGUCACUGUAGGUCCGGCCCCGAUCUUACCCCAAGUGUUUGUGUUGUAGGAUGAAGACCAUUCUCAGCAAUCAGACUGUCGACAUCCCCGAGAAUGUCGACAUCACUCUGAAGGGGCGCACAGUUAUUGUGAAGGGCCCCAGAGGUACUCUGCGAAGGGACUUCAACCACAUCAACGUAGAACUCAGUCUUCUUGGAAAGAAAAAGAAGAGGCUCCGGGUUGACAAAUGGUGGGGAAAUAGAAAGGAGCUGGCCACUGUGCGCACGAUCUGCAGUCACGUACAGAACAUGAUCAAGGGUGUUACACUGGGCUUCCGUUACAAGAUGAGGUCUGUGUACGCUCACUUCCCCAUCAACGUUGUUAUUCAGGAGAAUGGUUCUCUUGUUGAAAUCAGAAAUUUCUUGGGCGAAAAAUAUAUCCGCAGGGUUCGGAUGAGGUCAGGUGUUGCUUGUUCAGUAUCUCAGGCCCAGAAAGAUGAGUUGAUUCUUGAAGGAAAUGACAUUGAACUUGUAUCAAAUUCAGCUGCUUUAAUUCAGCAAGCCACAACAGUUAAAAACAAGGAUAUCAGGAAAUUUUUGGAUGGUAUCUAUGUUUCUGAAAAAGGAACAGUUCAGCAGCCUGAUGAAUAAGAUCUAAGUUGUCCAGCUAUAGAAACAGCAAGAUGCCGAAUGAUUCCUCACAGUUACUUGUGAUGUUCCUUACAUUUGUUUGUGUAAGGAGUACAAAGAUGAAAUAAAAGCUGUGUAUUGA